AUCCUUCUUUCCUAAUCUUUAUACACUAUCCACCACCAUAGCCCUAACUCACAGCCGUGAAUCUAUUGAACCAACCCCUUUCCCAGAUAAACUCUCACCUCCCCCGCUCUCGCAUGUCCUUGCUGUCGCAGACGAGGACCGCUCAUCUCGUGUCGCUAUCUCGGUCUUUAGAAGCUGCCUGUCGCAUUACCGUCUAGGCCCGCGUGGUCGUCGUCGGUUCGGGCCUGCUGCUGGCGCGUCCUCUCUUCUCCGGAAAACAGGUGUCAUUUAUCUUUUAAGAUGGCUAGGAAAGGUUGUUACAUGAAAAAACCAAAAUUAGGACCAGGAUGUCAGCAACCUCAAACGAUUCCACCUCCGACUUCGACUUCCCACCAUGAUGACUCUCAGAUUCCCCCAGAUAAUGGUGAUAGUGUUCCUGCAACUUCACGUCCGUUUCAUCUACUGCGCAGUGAACCAAGGCUUGCUCCAAGAUGAGCACAAAUAGCAUUCAGAACUCGAAGUCAGGUCACGUAAACUUGGCAGCUAAUGCAAAUUAUGUAGAUUCUCUUUAUCAAGAAGUUGAUGACCCCUUUGUUGCCUCUGGAGCUUAGAGUCGCAAAGGACGCAAGACUACGAAGUUUUGGACAGUUAAGAUCAUCGAUACACAUAUAAGGUAUUAUAUUUGGCUUAUAGAUUCCAAUGGCACAAUCAAGCUGGCAAAAUUAAGUGUGAGGGAGGCUAUGAAACGGCUUAACGGUAUAAGGAUCAUGCUCAAGUUCAACAACGAAAAGCAAGCAAUUGGAGACGAAGCUGGAUUGUUGAGUGGCGUGUUUGGUCUGCUAGGAUCUGCCUAUGGAAAAUUUCCUUUCUUUGAGAAAAGUUGGCAUAAGAUUACCACUAAAGACAAGGUUUAUAACGAAUGUGUCAAGAAAAUUUUUCACUUUGAAGAAGAUAGUGAAGAAACUAUCAAGAAAAAUAUUUUGAAAAGUAUGGGAAAGUCUUGGAAGGAAACAAGGCUGAGGUUGUAUAAUGCUUAUUACGAGCCAACAUCAACGACUGAACAAAAUAUUGAGCACCAUCUGCCGAAAAUUGAUCGAGAGCAUUGGAGAUGGUUCCUUGACUAUCGCGCAAAAGCUGAGACGCAGGAGAAGUGCAGGAAAAAUACGAUUAAUCGAUCAAAACAACUAUAUACCCACACUGGUGGUUCGAAAAGCUUCACACGAUGGAUGGAAGAAGAGUCAGAACAACAAGGGAAGAGAGUUAGUAGAGGAGAGUUAUGGAUCACAGUGCACAAAAAAAAAAAAUAGCUCCUAUAUCAAUGAUAAAGCAAGAGCAAUUGGUGAAAGAAUUGAGGAGAUUAAGCAAUAGGAUGAGUCUUCUAGAGUGUUGUCUCAAAAUGAUUCCAUUGCUGAGAUUUUCGGAAAAGAGAAAUCGGGUAGAGUGUGUGGUGUGGGAAUCGGACCGACUCCUAGUCAUCUCUUCGAUCCAAAUUCAUAUCUGCCGGGCAACAGAGUCCAAGUAGAGGAGACCCAGAGGAAGCUUCUUGAAUUGCAGGUAGAGCUGAAAGCCGAGAAGUUGAACAGGAAAGCGAUGGAGGAUGAGGCAACAACAGAAAAGAAAAAGAGGCAGGCGAUGGAGAGUGCUCUGAUUUAGCUAUUUCAACAGCAGGGUGAGGAGCUGCCACCAAAGAUCGCUGCAGGGAUGAGAUGGCCAUGAAUGAUAGAGCGAAAAAUAAUAUAUUAGGAUUGGAGAUAUUUUGGAUUGAAGCAAACAUUUUUUUGAAUUAGACUAUGCAACUCUUUGCAAGAGAUUUAUUUUCUUGAUAUUUUUAUGAAUAUAUUCUUUUGUUU